UUCCUGCGUCUGUGGAUCGCGGUGUUGGUGAUCUACCCCACCAACCAGGCUGUAAUCGCCCUCACCUUCUCCAACUACGUCCUGCAGCCCCCCUUCCCCCCGUCUGUCUACGUGAGUCCCUCAGAGAACAGCAUCAGGGGUCAUUAUUGCAAUUAUCUACCAGAAGAUCUCCCAUCAUGUUACAGCCGUUGUUGACAAUAAAGUUGUAUUGUAUUGUAUUUUUUGUCAUUUUUGUUCUCUCUUUCUCAGAAUUACUCCCAUAUUACCAAAUCUAGUAUAGUGUUACUAUAGGCCACGUGUGAUGUGUUGUUGUAUACAUGUGAUGUGUUGCUGUAAACAUGAUGUGUUGCUGAAUGCUAUGUUGUGAGAUGUGACUCUCUUCCUCCCUUCCUCCCAGUGUUGCUGACGUGGGUGGACUGCUCCAGUGUGCGCUGGGCCACACGUGUUCAGGAUGUCUUCACUACUGGGAAGCUGCUGGCCCUGGGCUUAUCAUCAUUAUGGGCUUUGUGCAGAUCUGCAAAGGUAGGCUCUCCCUGUCCCUGUCUCUGUCUCACUCAUUCAUUUUGUGUAUCUGUAACUGUUGAUUUGUUUUAUCACUCACUUCACAUUUACAUACUCUUUUCCCAGUCAAAACUGUUCGCUGCUCUGGCACCCCAAUGGUGGAACAAGCUCCCUCAUGACGCCAGGACAGCGGAGUCACUCACCACCUUCCGGAGACAUUUGAAACCCCACCUCUUUAAGGAAUACCUGGGAUAGGAUAAAGUAAUCCUUCUACCCCCCCCCCCCCCAUUGUAAAGUGGUUAUCCCACUGGCUAUAAGGUGAAUGCACCUAUUUGUAAGUCGCUCUGGAUAAGAGCGUCUGCUAAAUGACGUAAAUGUAAAUGUAAAUGUAUGUCGACUGGGCCCACUGACAUACUUCACAGCCUUAAUCUUUGUCUCCCCCUGCUGGACAAAGUGUAUCUGAGGCCACUACUAAGACUGAGCAGCUAGUCUGCUCUGUUAUUCACCCAGAAAAUUUGAAACACUCAGUAGUAAUCACAAGAUGUGAGAGGGGAAAUAUGGCUAAAGAAAUGUAAAGUAGUGCCAGAACGCCACAAUACUGUUAACUCCUGCUUUCCGCGGGAUUGCAUUAUCCCGAUGUGAGAGAGGGGAUUAAAGUCCACAUACCUCUUCAUCCCACUCAUAAUCCCUGACCACGCUCCAUACAUCCGGCCAAACCUAACACACACACACACACACUCAUAUGAUUCCACCACCCACCCACUCUGUGUUGUGUUUUGUGUGUCUACCCAGGAAAGUAUAACUGGCUGGAGCCGGCGCAUGCGUUCGAGACGUUCCAGUCCUACGACAAUGGCCAGAUAGCCCUGUCCUUCCUGCAGGGCUCCUUUGCCUACAGGGGGAUGGAACUUCCUCAACUAUGUCACAGAGGAGCUUGUCGACACCUAAAGGUGAGUUAGACCCCCAACUUCACCGAAAUCAAUGUGACAAAUUGCACACUGUCUCAACAGUGUAGCAUCACAUGCACACCCAAUCCUUCCAGUCUCAUGUCUGGUUAUCCUAGUCAACCAUGAUUUCUACCUAUAACUCUGUAUUACAGUUGAGACUGUGUCCUGUUAGGCCUGUGUUAUCAAAUCUGAUAGUACAGUAGUUCACACAGACACCACCACCAGAACCCCAGAUCUUAAACCCUGUUCUCUCUGUUUGACAGGAACCUUCCUUGGGCCAUCUUCAUCUCCAUCCCCCUGGUGACGUUCGUCUACGUGUUCGCCAACAUCGCCUACGUCACCGCCAUGAGUCCUCAGGAGCUGCUGGCCUCCAACGCCGUCGCCGUGGUGCGAAGCUCCGCCCCUGUAUAGCUGUUGGGAAUGGUUGCUGU